CGAGUAUAUGAGACGCGGCGUGGCGAGAUGGGCAGUUGUUUGUGGGUUGCGCGCACGGUCGGUCGCGGGUGUACCGGUGUAUAGUACAGGAUACAGUGAUGAGGUGGUUGGUUCUGUCGUGUUUUCUAAUGUGGGCGAGGCAUGGGGAAGGGGGUGCGCUCAAAUGUUUACCAGAAGACGAUGCGUGCUCUUCGCAACUAUCAAAAGAAGUAGAACAACAAGAAAUCGAUAUCCGCCGGCCGAGUCCAGCCGACGCGCCUGCCGAGUGCUUGUCCGGCAGCGAAUGGGAGAGUAACUGCCACACAUGCCGCUGCGUGGCGGGCGGGGCGCAGUGCGUGCGGCGGUCCGGGUGCGAUUCUAUCGAGGAGCCGGUCCGCUGCAAACCUAACACCACAUUCGAGCGCGACUGCAACACUUGUCGCUGCUUGGAAAACGGACUCGGUAUUUGCACUAUCAUGGAAUGUGCGAGUGUAACUACAGAAGCAGCACCGUCGAAGCCGAUUAUACCGAAGGGCGUGGACUGCGCUCCGGGGACAACUUGGCAGAGCCAGUGUAACGAGUGCGUCUGCUCUCCAGAGGGCCGGCGGUACUGCACGGACAGGGCUUGUCCCGGACAGGAGACAGAACCCCUCCUGCGCUGCGCGCCGCAGAGUCAGUGGAAGAACGACUGUAACAUGUGCUGGUGCAACUCCGGCCGGGCUAUGUGCACGAAGAUGGGCUGCGUGGGCAUUCCUAGUGAGAUGCAUUUCGACGACAGAAAAGGAUAUCCAGAGAUAGUAGACAUCCCAGAACCGAACGAAUUGCCUGAAGUACCAGAUAUUAACAGUAAUGAUAUACUUGAAUCUGAUGCAAAAGAUCAAAAACAUAUAAGCGAAAAUUUAGAGGAUCUGGAUACAAAUACUGAUCUAAAUAAAGAUCUUACUGGAGUUAAUCUUAAAGAAUUAGAAGAUUUCGAUGAUAAUGACGUCGACACGCCAAUACAAGUACCAGAUCAAGUUAUGACUGAUUUUGCUGCGAAUAACAGUACAAACGUUCUCGAUGAAGAUUUAGAAUUAUUAGAAGCUUUAUUAAAAGAUAAAACUGAAGAGCAAACGUCUGAUAAUUCAAAAGUUAAAGUCGAUGAAAUUACUGAAGAAGAAAAAGCGGCAUCUGAUAUUUUAAGAGCGAAUAAAGACGUUGAAAUAUUGGACGAUUCUUAUAUUAAUCAAAGUGAAACAGAUCACCGUGUCAAGAGAUCGGCGUGUAAACCAAAUGAAGAGUUCUUGGAUGAUUGUAACACUUGCAAAUGCUCGGAAAACGGGCAAAGUUAUAGUUGCACGCAGAAUGAAUGUAUGGAUAAAGAUGGCAAAGACGGGGGCAAAGAUGUGGAUAAGGAAGUUGAAGUUUUUAUGGAAAAUGAGGGUGUAGAUCACAUAGAGCGCCACUCGGUGUGCAAGCCGAGCACGACGUUCUACGUCGGCUGCAACCCCUGCCACUGCAACUCGGAUGGCACCGACUUCAGCUGCACCAACAAGCCUUGUCCUCUGCCUGAAGAUGUCGAGGUGUUCCAUGAACUUCACGCCUCUAAAUCCUCAAAAAACGCGACAAAGAAGGUUUGCGUGGCGAACCGAAUGUUCAUAAUGGACUGUAACACCUGCUGGUGCAACGAGGACGGGACCAGUUACUUCUGUACGCGGAAAGUGUGCUUGCCCAACACAGAUGAGCCGGUCGGUGACGAGGGAACUGAGAAACUCGGGGUCAUAAAGAAGGAAUGCCGUCCAGGCGAAGUGUUCGAGAUCGAGUGUAACAUGUGCCACUGCAACCCCGAUGGGAAGUCGUUCUCUUGCACGCGUCGGGCCUGCUUCGACGGGGAGAAGAACCAGACACUUAUCAGAAAGACCAGAGCCACGCCGCAGGAGGCGCCAAAGAACUGCCAGCCGGGGCAGGAGUUCCGCAUGGACUGCAACAAGUGUCUCUGCGACAACGAGGGGCAGAACUUCUCCUGCACCCGCAUCGACUGUACGGCGCUCAACAACAACAACAACAAUGGGAAUAGGAGAAAGAGAGGUCAGUUCAAGAGGUCAGUUCAGUGCCAGCCGGGGCAGGAGUUCCGCUUGGACUGCAACAAGUGCCUCUGCGACAACGAGGGGCAGAACUUCUCCUGCACUCGCAUCGACUGUACGGCGCUCAACAACAACAACAACAACAACGGCAACAGGAGAAAGAGAGACGCGUCGCAGAAGGUGUCAGCGGACUGCGUGCCGGGCAGCGUGUUCGAGCAGGGCUGCAACGUGUGCCGCUGCACUGAGGACGGCGGCCACGCCACCUGCACGCUCAAACGUUGCCCGAGCAAGGAGAACUCCACGCUCACCGCGACCGAGUCGAGCUUCCGCUGCAACCCCGGCGAGCAGUUCAAGCAGUCCUGCAACGACUGCAGCUGCUCCGCCGACGGCAAGAGCGUGUUCUGCACGCUGCUCGUCUGCGACGACGAGCUCUCGCCCUAAUAGUAUUACCUACUCUAGUGUGUAGGCCCUUGGAACGCCGGCGACGUCAUAUCACGUCAUACAAAACACAAAUAUUUACAAAUCAUUUAUUGUUACAGAUGUAAGUAGUGCAUUAUUUUCCAUCGUAUUUUCACGGAAACGUACGUACUUGUCUUGCUAUUUCAGUCAGUCUCGGUACAAAAAGUAGGUACUGAGGUUAACUGAAGUAGCAUGACAAAUACGAACGUUUCUGAGAAAAUACGUUGGAAAACAAUUAUGCACUACAUCUAUAGAAUGUGACGCCGCGAUAAUUUUCUCGAUGACGUCAAUUUACUAUCUGAAAUAAAUGACUGGACAGUGUUUCUAUACUUUUAUUGUUGUUUUAUUCCUGUGUCUUGAUUUUAAAUGUAUUUCAGUUUCAAUGUGAAUGUUGCGUUUGGCGUUCAGAAGGUUAAAAGACUAGCUACGCCGAAUUCCUAUAAAAUACAUGUCGAUUUUCAGCAAAUAUGUAGAAAUAAAACAAGAAUUGACCGAUUAAUACCAUAUAGUGCCAAUGCCAAUUAAUAAAAAUUGACUUCAUGUACGGAACGUGGUUUUUUAUAUUAUUUUACAGCCCAUAUGUAUAGAGUAUUUUAGCACACCGAUUGCUAUUGUUAUUAGUUUAGAAAACAAUUGAAUACAAUAAUUAAAUUUGUUUUUAAUACAUUUUUUUCAACACGGCAAUUCACAUCUCUUUACCACUUUGAUCGCUAGAGACGUUAUGGAAAGAAAAACAAAAAGUCCAAGACGUCAUUUGACUUCAAAUUACUUUUGCGAUUAAAAGUUUAGAGCUGACUACGUCAUAUGAUGAAGAGGACAUUGUUGUAAAUUAACUUUUUGGACGCCAAUACACCGCAGGUCCAACGCCAAAGACUGAUAAAUCCGUCACAUACCACAGAGCAAUAUCGACCUACGUGCAUAUACAGUAUAAAAGUUCAACUGCAGUUUUGAGUGUUUUGACACUUCGGUGACGUGGCGUUGGAGUGACAGCUUCUGUGUUUGACACGGCGUCGAAAAGGUUAAUCUUUUAUCCACUCCAGUAGAAUGUUAUAUAUAACCCCCAUGUUUCUAUAUAGUAUAUUAACUAGUAAGUACUUAUCUAAUAAAGGUACGUCAGAUACUGCAGCUCGUUAGUAUACAUUUGUUUUGUUUUAAUUUAACUAUUGUAAUUGUACUGUGUUACACUUAAGUAGUGAUUUAUAAGUGAUUUUAGAGGUUAUUUCUGAAAUAUUUACUGUCUACAUAGGUAGAAUGUAUGGAAUCGGUAUUUCGGUAACCAACUUAAGUCAGUAUUAAUGAUUAAAUUGACGUCCUUUGUUUCGUGAUAACCGAUUCUGUUAAUGUGUGCAUGUAUCAUUAUUUUCAUUAAUGUGAUUAUAUAACAUUAAAUUACUUAUGUAAAAAUAUCCAAUGAUUCUGAGAUUAAGAACCUUAAAAACGCCAAUAAUCCCUUUAUCGCUAGUGGACAUAAGCAAAAAUGCCACUCACACGCCAACCUUGGUACCUAGACGAGUUAAUACAAACCUUACUCAAGUAACAAGGGUUAUUUCAUACUAGAUAUAUUUUAAUGGCGUACAGUCGUUCUUGGCGUUGCGCUUACAAUCCAAAUAUAAACCUUGACGCCAUAUUUGUUAUUCCUUACGUAUGCUGCAUACGAGUAUAGGUACCUACUGGUCAUACGUGAAUGACAUUUUCAAAUAUGUCUGAAAGUUGUUAAAGAGUUACUCAGUAGAACGUUAUGUAAAGGCCUGGAUUGAGAAUGAAUACUAAAUACGAAUAUGUAAUACAUACAUUUAUCUUAAUAGACACCUUAAUAUACAGGGUGGCCAAAAAAUAAGUGCAUUCCCGUUGCCAGGGAGGUUUUGGGAUUAUACUGAGCAACUUUUACUAUUUGACCAAACCCGAAAUCGCGAAAAAAAAUUUGGUUGUUUCAUACAUUUUGGCUGGUCCAUUUUCUAUGGGAGGGUAAAUUUUUUAUCGCGUGUUCGGGGUUGGUCUAUAGUAAAAGUUGCUCAGUAUACUCCCAAAACCUCCGGGAAUGGACUUAUUUUUUGGCCAACCUGCAUAGGUAUGAUUAUUUUUGUUCUAGCUUUACCGUGACAGAAAUACUCAAUCAAUCAGAACUAGUUAACAAACAUAAAUAAUACUAAAUAUAUCAGUUUUUUUUAUUCCGUUAGAAUAAUACUUUCUAUGUGAGAAAUAUACAAUUUUUAGUAUCCGCCGAAGACGUUAUAUCACGUCUACGGCAAAUAACGGUUCAAACGCCACGACAUUCGACAAUCAAGUUUUGUAAUACAUAACUCUGUAUGUAUAUAUUCCUGCUUUUGCUAUUAUUGUAAAUGAGUUACUAAUGUUGGUAUAAACGUGGAGUCUAAACUAUGGCCCGCGGGUUUAAUCCAGCCUGUAUCGGUCGAAUAUUCAAAAGCGAUAAGGAGAUAACUAUAUAUAACAAUAUUUCGAUGUUCGACGUAGACUGCUAAUAUACUUAUCCCGCGGAAAGGAAACGGAGGCCUGGGUGUAGGUAGCCCACAAGUAAAAAGUUUUGAAGACGUCUGGUUUAAACCUAUGCUAGUACCUAAUCUGUGUAUCAAUUCAUUCGAUAUCUGUGGUUAUGUAAGGUGGUCAAAUUCGUUUUAAAAGGCGCUGACUUCGUACAAUUCGUACCCGAUAUGUAUUAGAAUAAUUACAUAAUACUUAGUUUUGAAUCGCUAGGAAAUAAAAGUUUUCAAUUCAC